AUGGAUGCAAAGCCUCAACGAAUUCGCGUCCGCAUGGAUGAGAAUGCUGCCGGGGUCCUCCCUGGCAAAACUAUCCACCAGCGAAACAAAUCCACCCCCGCCCUGUCUGCUGCCUUUCAGAACGCCUCCACUAAGAAUGGCCCGAGAAGAGCUGCUUUUGGGGAUGUCAGCAACACUACCAGCCUUGCUCAAGGCAGUCGAGACGACGGCUCCCUUGGGGGGAAGAAACAGCUCAAAUUGACCGACAAGGGAGUCGUUCCAGCGAGAAGGGCAACCAUCCUCUCACAGCCUGCUCAGCGCCCUAUGAAGGGUGGGUUGAACAAUGCCUCCAAGCAAAAGCCUCUUCAGCCCUCUGUCAAGCAGACGGGUCUCAAUCAACAUACUGCGAACAUCAGGAAGCCGCUCAACAAGCGUGCUGCUGUCUUUAAAGACAAUCAAGAGCCAUUGGCCGAAACGAAGAAAACUGCAUCCAAGGAAACCACUAUUACCAAAUCAACGGAAGAAAACAAAGAGGGCCCCAUCUCGCUGCCGGCUACAGUGCCGGAGCACAAGGACAUUCCCAGGGAGGAAGUGCUGCUGAACGAAACAUCGAAGAUCAACUCGGACGAGACUGAGGAGUACUCCAUUGUGAACUCUGAUGACAUUGAUGGAGCUGAAAGAGAUGCAUGCAAGGCGGAUGAUGACAAUUGCAAGGUGCAGUUCAUCACGGAGUCGCAGGCGUAUGAGUCGGCUGCAACAACAAAGGUCAACGCGGCCACCAACCUCCCCAAGUCCCACCGUGAAUCUGCGUCAAGUGCACACGUGGCUCAGGAUCAUCUGCCUGCGCCGUCUGAGCCGGAGGAAUACUGGGAUGACGAGGAAGACGAGAACGAAGAAGACGAUGGGUACAUCACAGCGCGCUCCUACCGCUCACGAGGUGAUAAUACGACUGGCGGAGCGACUACCGUCCUCUUCCCCAAAUACAACCAGCAAGUGCGCCGUGAGCUGGCCUUGGCCAAGCAGGUCGUCGAAGCAACCCGGAGCACAGAAGAUAUCGAGGAUGAGUUCUGGGACACGAGCAUGGUCGCCGAGUACAGUGAUGAGAUUUUCGAAUACAUGAAGGAGCAAGAGAUCCGGAUGCUACCCAACGCUCAUUACAUGGACAACCAAGCAGAGAUCCAAUGGUCUAUGCGCUCGGUCCUCAUGGACUGGCUUGUGCAGGUUCACCAUCGGUUCUCGUUGCUUCCCGAGACUCUUUUCCUCUGCGUUAACUACAUCGACCGCUUUCUCUCGAGCAAGAUCGUCUCCUUGGGCAAACUGCAGCUUGUGGGAGCCACUGCAAUCUUCAUUGCUGCCAAGUAUGAGGAGAUCAACUGCCCAUCCGUCCAGGAAAUCGUGUACAUGGUUGAUGGAGGCUAUACCGUUGACGAGAUCCUCAAAGCUGAGCGGUUUAUGCUGAGCAUGCUGCAAUUCGAACUCGGCUGGCCUGGUCCAAUGAGUUUCUUGCGCAAAAUUAGCAAAGCCGAUGAUUACGACCUGGAGACGCGCACAUUGGCGAAAUACUUCUUGGAAGUCACCAUCAUGGACGAGCGAUUCGUUGGCAGCCCUCCCAGCUUUAUUGCGGCCGGUGCUCAUUGUCUUGCAAGGCUGCUGUUGAGAAAAGGAAACUGGACCCCGGCCCAUGUCCACUAUGCGGAAUACACCUACUCCCAGCUCUUCCCUUUGGUCUCACUCAUGCUCGAGUGCUGCGAGAUCCCCCGCAAGCAUCACUGCGCGAUCUAUGAGAAAUACACCGACAAGCGCUUCAAGCGUGCCUCGCUUUUUGCCGAGGCUGAGAUUAAGAAAGGAUUUCGUCUGCCCGAGAUUACCAGAGAAAGCAUUUCAAAUGACCGCAAUUCUCAUGUCGAACCCGCUCAUCACUGGAAACGCAUUUGA